UUGAAGCAGAAGAAGAGGGCGCCUGUGCCCCGCCCUUUGACUCUGCUCGCUGAGAUGUAUUAUUUUUCUGAUACUUUGUUUAUGACACGACUGCUAGCCUGACAGCUGAUCAAGUGCUGCUGUAAAAACGCGCUUUUUUCGGUGCGUGUUCAUGUUCGACACUGAGCUUCUGUGAACGUGAGGCAGACAGCUCGUUAGCAGUAGGCAGCAGUAGUUGCUCAGUGGUGCGUCCAGAGUGUAUGUGUUAGCCUAGGAGCCGCUUAGCAUAUUGGAACGUUAUGGCGUGACGUUGAACAGGAAAGUGUCUGUUGCUGACGACGCCUGGGUCAAGCCUUUGAAAUUGUACACUUAAUAUAGAGUUGGCACUAUAUUGCGAGACAAGCGCAUAUGCAUAGUACUUAAAUAAUUGGCAGGUUAGACUUUUCCACUGCUGCCUGGCGGCUAAUGUUGGAUUAGCUAGCGAGCUAACUUGACGUUAGCAUGGCGUCUGAUACAAGUGACACCGAGGAAUUCUAUGAUGCUCCAGAGGACGUUAAUUUCACUCCAUCUCCAAAAGUGUCACCUACAAAGUUUGUCAUUCCCUCUCCUAAGCUUUCACAGAGACCCGUAAAUGUAGUGCAAGAUGUGAGCUGUGGUGCAUCUGAGACUCAGCAAGAUGAUUCCCUACAGAUUAUUGACAGCAUCAUUGAGGAGAGUCAAAAGGGAAAUAGUGGUGAUGGUGAGGUGCUGUUAGAUCAGCUACAUGUUAAUGUAAGAGCGGAACCAGAGGAAGAGAAUAAUGCUGAGGGAGUUCCUGUGGAGCCAGCAGCAUCAGCUGUUGAACUUGUCGAGAAGUCGGAGGGACAACAAGAAAGUGUAGCAACAAAUGGAGAGUGUAAUAUACCUGUUCCUGAGUCUGAAGAGCUACCAGGGCCAUCAGCUGAGUCACAAGAAAGGAUUCAGCCACCAGACAUCACCAGCACCAUAACACAGAGUCAGCCUGAGGGGGCUUUUGCAGUGGCAGAAGGCAAGCAGGACCAGAGACCUGCAGACAUCUUAGAUCAAGUUUCGUUGACAGACAGGCCGGCUGACUCAGACUCCUCUGGGCCUUCAAAACCCCCACGACAAUUCACAGUGGAACCAGACAUUGUAGCCAGCACAAAGAAGCCUCCUCCUUCACGCCCACCUCCUCCGAGUGGAGGUCCUCCACCAAGACCUCCUCCACCUUCCUGGCAGGGCUUACCCUCCAAGAAAUCACAGGAGUGUCUGAGGCCAAGUGGACUGGAAGUGUCGACAGUCAGUCCAAUCAGUAGCGAACCCCUGGAGCCCUGUGGCCUGGUGUCUCCUAGCAGCACAGUGAGGAGUCUAACCAAAGAGCUACAGCAUUCCUUGGAUCUGGCCAGUGCCACCAGUGGGGACAAGGUGGUAACAGCCCAGGAAAAUGAGGAUGAACAGGCCUCAUCUCAGGGUGGAGGACAAACUCCAGGUCCUCAGCGUCCACGUUCCAACUCUGGUAGAGAAUUGACAGAUGAAGAAAUCUUGGCCAGUGUGAUGAUCAAGAAUUUAGACACAGGAGAAGAGAUUCCUCUUAUUCAGGCAGAGGAGAAGCUUCCUGCGGGCAUCAACCCUCUUACUCUGCACAUAAUGAGGAGGACCAAGGAAUACAUAACUAACGAUGCAGCACAGUCAGAUGAUGAUGACAAGCCUCAGGCUUCCAUGGGAGACACAGAUGGAGGAAAACUCAAACAGAAAACAACCCAGUUAAAAAAAUUCCUGGGCAAGUCUGUGAAGAAGGCCAAACAUCUGGCAGAGGAGUAUGGGGAGAAGGCCGUCAACAAAGUGAAAAGUGUGCGUGAUGAAGUGUUCCAUACAGAUCAGGACGAUCCAUCAUCAAGCGACGAUGAGGGCAUGCCUUACACCAGGCCUGCCAAGUUUAAGGCGGCACAUAGCUUCAAGGGUCCCUUUGACUUCGAUCAGAUAAAGGUUGUACAGGACCUGAGUGGAGAGCACAUGGGGGCCGUUUGGACAAUGAAGUUCUCUCAUUGUGGGAGACUGCUGGCUACUGCUGGCCAGGAUAAUGUGGUUCGCAUCUGGGUCUUAAAGACUGCCUUUGACUACUUCAAUAACAUGAGAUUGAAGUACAACACUGAAGGUCGAGUUUCACCUUCUCCUUCUCAGGAAAGUUUAUGCUCCUCUAAAUCUGACACGGAUCCCGGGGCAAGCUGUCUUGCAGAAGACCCAGACACUGAAGACCGAAAUGCCCCUUUCCGUCAAGUCCCCUUCUGCAAGUACAAGGGUCAUACAGCUGAUCUGUUGGACUUAUCCUGGUCCAAGAACUUUUUCCUGCUCUCUUCUUCCAUGGAUAAAACAGUCCGAUUAUGGCACAUAUCCAGGAGGGAGUGUCUUUGUUGCUUUCAGCACAUCGAUUUUGUCACAGCCAUUGCUUUCCAUCCCAGAGAUGACAGAUACUUUUUAAGCGGCUCUCUGGAUGGAAAGCUACGGCUCUGGAACAUUCCAGACAAGAAGGUGGCCCUGUGGAACGAGGUGGACGGCCAGACACGGCUCAUCACUGCUGCCAACUUCUGCCAAAAUGGGAAGUAUGCCGUUAUUGGCACCUAUGAUGGUCGUUGCAUCUUCUAUGACACAGAGCGUCUGAAAUACCACACUCAAAUUCAUGUGAGGUCCACCAGAGGUAGAAACAAAGUUGGACGAAAAAUAACUGGCAUUGAACCUCUGCCUGGAGAGAAUAAGAUUCUAGUGACAUCAAAUGAUUCCCGCAUUCGCCUUUAUGACCUGAGGGACUUGUCUCUAUCCAUGAAAUACAAGGGUUAUGUCAACAGCAGCAGCCAGAUCAAGGCAAGCUUCAGUCAUGACUAUUCCUUCAUAGUGAGCGGCUCAGAAGAUAAGUAUGUGUACAUCUGGAGCACUUACCACGACCUGAGCAAAUUCACAUCUGUAAGACGGGACCGCAAUGAUUUCUGGGAAGGGAUUAAAGCACACAAUGCAGUGGUCACCUCAGCCAUUUUUGCGCCACACCCAGGUCUUAUUGUUCCACAAGAAGUAGGAGCAGAGAAACCAGAUGCAGAGUGUAAAAGCCUGGACUCCACAGACUCUGAAACGAUACCCUCAGGAGCUCUGAAGACAGACCACACAGAAGUUCUUCUCUCUGCUGACUUCACUGGAGCCAUCAAAGUUUUUAUCAAUGUAAAAAAGUACUGAGCACUUCAGGGGCUUUCGCACUGAGGCCUGUCAGUCAGAGGCAAGUCCCGAAGAUGGAGGACAACCUACCAGGAGCCUUCUGAGGUCACCCAACUACCUAAUGGUUAUUGCUCUGAGACAAAGCUGUCUGUAGCUGCUUCAGGAGAACUGGGACCCUAAAAUAUGAGAUGAGGGACUGGGUAGAAGGAAUGUACAAGGUGAGAUUUCCUGUCACGUUUCUAUUUUUUAAUCUUUCAUAUCAAACAAUUGAACGGUUUGGGCAGAUGUGUGUGGUUCCAUCAUCUGUUCAGGUAUGUGUAACUUUACAGCUGUAAGAUCAACACUGACUAUAGUUAGGCUAAUUUAACAGGUUAGGCACCUUAAUAUUCUUUGCCCUCACAUUUCAGUAAAGUUAAGUUCUCCUAACAGAAGCAAGGCUGUGUCUGUCUAAUUUCAGUCAAAUUUUAAUGUCUUCUGUAAAGAUCUGUAACCAUUUGUCUCACGAUCAAGGUGGAUUGAAAUAUCAUUUACAAAUUGUGUCUGUAAAAGCUAGACUGCUUUUCUAAAUCCAGCUUUUAAAGCUUUCCUCUAAAAUAUACUCAACAUUUCAGCCGACAACCUUUAAUUCACUUUACAGGAGAUCUGUAUGCAGUUACUAAUGUUUAUGGCUGCGUAUCUUAAUUUUUUUUUUUCAAAAACAAUACUGGCUCUUAAGUACUUUUGAUACAUUUCUUUGUUCAAUGAAAGCACAUUUCAUUAUAUAAAAUAGAACUGUAAAUUUCCUGUGUAACAUUGCACACUUACUGCUUUUGUAAACAAAAAUGCUCUAUUACUUUCCUCAAUAAAAAUCCAAACAAACUAGGA